GAAUGGAUGAUAUUUCUGAAAAUAGUGCUCAAGAUGGCUCAGACAAGGAAACUCACGCCAAAAAAGGUCGGGGAGCGACACGGAUGAAAGACAUACAAACAUCAGACGGAGAAAAGAAACCUGUUACAUUCAAUCGUUAUUUUCAGGCAAACGGGCCAGACCCAAAAACUAAGAGCAGGUUUAAUAGCUACAUCGCCGUUCUAGGACGUAGCAAAGUCAGCAUCUUGAUACCAGACUGGAGAAAAGUGACUGAUAGGAAUAAGGAGCAAAUUUGGCAAGCUUUAUUGGAGCAGUACGAUGUGCCAGAUAAUGAGAAAUUGAAAAAGAAAGUGUUUUCACGUGCUGGGGAUGCUUGGAGGGGUUUCAAAACUAAACUCAGUGAUUACAUAUUUGGAGAUAAGAUA